CUUAUCCGGGAACUACCUCAUUCCACGCAAUUGGCUCCUCUAGUCACAUGGUUAAACUAACUUUACGGGGUCGCUUGCUAGUAGGAGGGCUUUAUGGAGCAGAAAAACGACAAAGCGAGAAAAAUUAUUUUCCACUCCAGAAAUUAAUGAUCAUGAGCUCGUAUUUGAUGGACUCUAACUACAUCGAUCCGAAAUUUCCUCCAUGCGAGGAAUACUCGCAAAAUAACUAUAUCCCUGACCACAGCCCUGAGUAUUAUAGCCGGACUAGGGACCCGGGAUAUCAGCAUCAUCACCAGGAAUUGUACCCUCCACGGCCAAGCUACCCGGAGCGCCAGUACAGCUGUGCAAGCAUCCCUGAUCCUGAGAACCCUUCGACGCACCAAAGAGGACAUGCUGGACACCCCCAGCCUGGGCAUCUCCUUGUUGGGAAACUGCAGGCAGCAUCCUGUGAGGCAGCCCCACUACCCAACUCCCCGUCCACCCCGCCGCCUUUGCCCCCCGCCUGCAACCAGCCCAAUUCGGAGCAUCCAGGCAGUGCUGCCGCCGCCAAGCAGCCCGUAGUUUAUCCCUGGAUGAAGAAAAUCCACGUCAGUACCGUGAAUCCGAAUUACAAUGGAGCGGAGCCCAAGCGAUCUAGAACUGCGUACACCAGACAGCAGGUUUUAGAACUGGAAAAGGAAUUCCACUAUAACCGGUAUCUAACGCGACGCAGAAGGAUCGAGAUCGCCCAUUCCUUGGUCCUCUCCGAGAGGCAAAUCAAAAUCUGGUUUCAGAACAGGAGGAUGAAAUGGAAGAAAGACCACAGGCUCCCCAACACCAAAGUCAGAUCUUCAGCCACAUCGGGUACAACGGUUUCGUCUGCGGCCGCCGCCGCCGCCGCCGCCGCCGCGACGGUGGCUGGCGUGUCAGCCUCGGAAGAACUCUCACGGGUCUCGGCUUCCGACCAUGGAGAUGAUAUCACCCGGUUAUAAACACCAAGCUGCGCCAUUGGAAAAGGAAAUGACUGAUUAUUUAUAAAAGCAUAAUAUAUAUUUUGGUCCUUCGUAGUUUUCUUGUGCGUAAAAAAUAAAGAAGAAACGCGAGGUCUUCUCAAAAAGCCCAGAGAAAUCAGAAAAUGCAUGAUACAGAUGAGCAUGGAAUGAUGCGAAAAUCUUCAGAUUUUUUACGCUAUUUCAGGGUUUAAUUUAUUUUUGACAAAAAAAAAAAUCAUAUUGUGAAAGAGACUAUAAAUUCUGUGGGAUUAUUGCAGGCAUUUACGCUUGCUCUGCCUAUGAAAUGCACAAUGUAGUGUUUUAUUUUAAUCUAUUCUUAAUUUAUUUUUUAUUUUGAUAAUGUCAGUGAACAAACUUCUUCCUGUCUUUCUCUUUCCUUCCCCGUUCCAUACCCCGUUAUUUUUUUCAUUUUCAUUCUCGUUCCCUUUUUAAUGUGAACAAAUAUUAGACAAAUUAAAAUGUCUGAUUCUUCUUAACGUAAUUGUUUCAGUUCUUAAUAAUAUACUGUGAUUUAUUUAGCAUAAAAGAUAUCUAGAUAGCUUUGUGGUGAUAAAAAAAAAAAUGUGUUUAGACUGAUUUUACACUUUCAUUGUGAAAUGCAAUAAACGAAGAUUAGUGUAUUUGUGAUAUCCAUAGUGGUCAAUAAAACAGUGAGUGUUUAUUCA